AUGGAAACAAUCAUAUUUAAUAAUGUAAAAGAUGAAUCAAUAUUGGUGGAACAUUUACAAUACAUUAAAAGUAAUCAUAGUCAUUUGGAACAAUCGUUUCAGUUGGAAUUAGAGAAUGCAAAUUGGGAGAUUGUUACAAGACUGUUGUACGUUAUUCUGACUGAACACUUUUUUGAAUGUGAACCAUACCAACUCGUUCAAGGUGAAAAUAUAAUCAACUUUAAACCAAACGACCCAGACUCAUCAUCAUCAUCAUCACUGUCGUCAUUGUCGGUACAGCUCCAAUUUCAUAUCAAGGAUCUUUAUUGUUUGGACAGAUUUACAUUGGACAAGACAAAAAAGUUUGCAGUUGUUGAAUUUGGACCAAUCGAAUUGGAUGAAGCAUCAUCAUGUACUCAAACAGAAAUCAUCUAUAAUUACUCGGGGUUGGUUUCGGUAUUGGAGAAAUACUUUGGUAAAUCAACAACUGGUUACGAACAAUUUGAAAAGGACUUGGAUAAUUGUUGGGUCAAUAUGGCUUUGUCAAAGGUACUGUCAAAUGAAAGAAUGGAGUCACUAAAAGAAGAGAUUACCAAGAUGAAUUGCAAGUCGGUACCAGAGUAUAUUGAGAGUAUGUUGAAACAAGAUCCAUCGUAUAGUCAUGUGUUUUACGAACAAUUCCAUCGUCGUGGUCAUCCAACUCACCCCUUUGUAAAGAGUAAGGUUGGAUUGUCGGUUGAACAAGUCAUCAGUUACUCACCAGAGUUUGGAGGUACAGUCGAUCCAAGACUCAUCGCAAUUCAUCGAUCAAAAGGAGGAUUCAAAUCAUAUGACGAUCAACAAGAACCAUGUCCAAACCAAUUCAUUUUCAAUUUGUUCCCUUGUGUAGAGGAAAAGGUUAGAGACUAUUUUAAAAUGAUUGGGUUGGAAUUACAAGAUUAUUAUUUAAAUUUAGUACAUCCCUAUCAAUUAUCUCAACCAGUCCUAUCCCAAUUCAAUCAAGAUAUUGAAAACAAUGAAUUGAUUAUUAUUCCAUCGUCAGUGUCAUCGGACAUUUCCUCCAAACCAUUGGUAUCGGUUAGAUCAUUAACGCUGCAAAGCAAAGAAUCACCACAAUCGUCACUUGGUACAUUACCAGCUUUGAAAUGUUCGUUUAGCGUUAGAUUGACCAACGUUGUACGAAAUCUAUAUCAUACACAUUGUGUCACUGGUCCACAGUUUUCAAGAAUAUUGGAUGAUAUUUUCAAGAGAGAAAGAGGGAAUGGAUUUGGAACAAAAAUACAUUUUGUAAAGGAUCUCAUGGGAAUAUACUACUACGACACCAAUCAACAAGGAGAAAAACAACAACAACACAAGAAUGCUGAAUUGUCAUCAUUGUGGAGACAAAAUUUACAUUGUUUUGUAACUGACCCAACAACUGAACAAAUAGUAUCUAUCCCUGCAUUACUAAAUAUCUCACCAAUAUCAGGUACAGAACUACUCUUUGAAUUUGUCGAUCAGUUAAAAACCAACCAACACAUCUCAACUACAUCCGAAGCUAUUCGUGUUUGGAUGAACCAUUACCUUCAACUACUUGUCCCAUUUUAUAUUAUAAUGUCUACAAAAUAUGGAGUAGCAUUGGAAUCCCACCACCAAAACACCUAUGUCAUUAUCGAUAGAGGUGUACCUGUCAAGAUUAUCUUUAAAGAUUGGGAUUGUCCUCGUUGUCUACCGGAGAGAUUAGAUCGCCAAAACAUUGACUAUAGCUCAAUGAAAGGAUCAUCAAUCACAAACUCUCAAUUUGAAACAGACUUUACACAAAAAAGAGCUCAAAUAUUUAUACAUGUUGGUGAACUACUGAUGCAUGUAUUUGCUCACCUUCGAACGAUUGGACAAUCAAAGACGAUGGAAAAAGAAUUAAUUCAAGAUUCAUCUGACAUUCUUCAAUCAACAUUCAACCAACUCAAAUCCGAUCCAAUCAUCCAUGAUCAGGUAUUACAAGAUGAAGAAUACUUUUUCACAACACCUUUUGUUGAAAUGUAUGCCUACACCAAAUGGAGAUUAAAUCCAUCAACUCAAAAUUAUUCAGCUCCACAUUUUAUUAAAAAUCCAUGGUAUCAAACUAAUCAAUAG